AUGAUCCUGUUCCUACUUUUGCCUGUGAUGUCGUUGGCAAGUAGAAGCACAGGUGUUUCCACAUUGAUUCCACCCCCUCUCUAUGUCGAAUCUUAUAGAGAAAUUACAAACGCUGAUCAAAUAAUUCAAGACAAUAUCUUGUCAAUGGAUGGGCACAUACCACUCCUUAACGACUCCAGGCGUUCUUAUGCAGAAAUCACCCAUGUUAUUUUCAAUAUUGCUAACAUAAUUGCACACAGUUGCUUUCGCCCAGUCUACGAGAAUAUCUAUCAGGAUAUUAUAAAUUAUACCCUAACUGAGGCUUUAGGGCAGCCACAGGAAGUAGUUGAAACUGCAAAAGAAUUGUUUACUACUUUGGAUGAUAAAACACUAAAAAUUCAAAAGUUGAUAAUUGAAAUUACUAAAGCAGAAAGUAACGAUGUUGUUGCCGAUGCAUUAAUUAACAAAAUCAUAACUAAUGACCCAAAGGAAUAUAAGUUAGAGGCUGAAGUAUUAUUAGCUGCUGGUGCAUCUGCCAAAAAAUUCAAUGAAAUGAAGGACACAUUUCAUGACGUAGCAAAAUCAUCGGAAUCACAUAAAUACAUCAUAAGAGGUACACAGGAGCUGAAAGCACUUAUCUUAUCACUGACUUCUGCUAUUCAUCUGAUAAAAACGGACUCUAUUAAAUGCUAA